CAGCCCCACCCUCUGGAGGGGUUGGAAAGUACGUCUUCUGGUGCUGCGCCUGCGGAGGAUUAGCCACUCUCUUAGGCGCCCUAUUCCUGACCGUUUACUUCCUCCUCAGAACGUACACCUCCACUUUGGGCUACUUUGAGACCAUCCCCACCUUUGUGCCGGCCACCAUGCUGAUGCUCACCGGGCUGUGCGUUAUGAGUCUAGCCAGGCGCAAAAACCGCUACAGCUACUUGACUGUAUUGCAGAUCAAAGUGUGUGGCCUCUGUUGUUUGGUGUGCGCAUUGACUUGCGUCCUGGUGACCAUCACCACCACAGUCAUCCAUAUGAAUCGUCUACAGACCUUGAAGGAAUGCGUCUACACGCAGAAAACGCGCAGCUGCACCUGCUACUCAGUGCUGUUAGAGGCUCAGUCCACUGGGGAUGAUGGACUGAGGUUUGUCUUCGACUCUACUCCGGACUGCGAGGUGAUUCAUGGGGCGCUCUAUUCCUGCUUGAGGGCGAUGUUUGGACUAUCAGUGAGCGGCAUUUUGGUCUGCAUUUUCUCCUGCAUGCUGGUUUUCCAGCUGUUGAGUCACGAGCGAAAGAAGAUGUACUGGGAGCAGUUGGAGCUGCGCUGCCGCUCCUUCUACCAGGAGCAACCGGCGCCCCCCUCAAGCGCCCAGGGCUCCCUACGAGGCCCCCCAGUCGCCUCCACCACCUACUGCAGCUGCUGCGAAGAAUGCCGCUACUCUUCAGCCUCGGCCGGCCCUCAAGUCUACCCCUGGGACAACCACCAUCCCCCGGACAGGUUUUGGACGCCAGGGCGCGUGGGCAACUUCUACUCCCCCAACCCCGAAGACGUGCCGCCCGCCAACCAGGAGGCGGGCAGAGGCCGGCCUGGGUGGAGCUGGAGGCGGCUGCCCUGGUCCAGAGCCAGCGUCGAGCAAACCGAGCCCCCACGGGACUCCUUGACGUAUCAGGGAGCUGUCAGCAGCGCAGAUAGCCAGUAUGGGUUCAGCCAUCGGGCUGGGGAAAACGCCACUCAGAGCGACCAAAUCUCCGGAUCCACCGGAUCGUACAGUAUGUUGGAAAACCGACCACCAGCAGGCGGAGUCUACGUUUGGGGCCCACCGCCUCCCUACUCUGAUCCGAACUCACCGGCCAGGCGCUAUCUGCACCAAUCACCAGCGCGCUACCACCACAUCCACCAUCACCCGCACAGCCACGAGUCGCACUGUCAACUGAGCGAGAGCAACCAGUUCCGAAGCUCCCGCAGGACGCGCACACACGAGAGCAACAAGGACAACUACGAGAACACGACAGCGCCGGAAGUGCAUCAGACCAAUGAGAACAGCGAAAGCACCGACACAUCCAGCGGCGUAGAACGAGUGGCGCACACGCUACCGGUGAGGAAAAUAAAAAAACGAUCGGCCAACGAGAUGGCUUCGGUGAAGUCCACUACUAAUCAGCCAUCCAAUCACAGGCCGAACGUUCAAAGUGUGUUUGCUGGCGCGACCAAUGGGGAUGGCGCUCCUCCAGCCCCGCUUGAGAACGAUUAUCAUGAGCCCGCAGGGGCGGAGACCGCACCCAAGCCAGAUGGGCAAUGCAGGUUCCUGCCGAGGAUGCAGGGGGUGGAGAACGCGGCCUUUCAGAAGCAGGAGAACAGCCCUCAGAAGCCGGAAACGUCCGAGUCCGAGGUGUAUUUUGCCGAUGUGAGCAGCUGUUGCAACAUCUCGGUGAGGAACGAAGGGCAGGACUCCGGCUUGUACGAUGAAGCGAUGGAGAACCGGCAGAAGUCGGGCAGGCUGAUCUCGCUUCAGAAGCUGGUGGACUGCAAGGAGGAGGCGCAGCCUGGSGAGCAGGUGGAGGAGGAGGAUUAUCUGAGCCAAAGAAUGGCCAACCGGCAAAUGUCCACCAGGAGCAGGAUGCCGUUUCCCUUGCCCAGUGCGGASGAUCUGGCGGAGUUCGGRACUGAUCCCUGCCUGCAGCUGCUGCCCAAGGAGAUGUCUCAGAACAGCCUGUGCAGCAGCGUGCAGACGCCGCUGACGGAAACGACAGACGACACGAUCUCCCCCGAAGAGUGCUGCGGGGGCAAAGCCUACUUCCAGGAGAAGGCGAAAGACCAAAUGCCGAUCCAUCGGGGGUUUGCCAGUGGCGGGGUCGACCAGUUCCUGGCUCCGGACGCCCAGUACGAAGUCAUUCCAGAGGACGACAGUUUCAGCAACUUAACCAACACCAUAUCCGGAGUGAAUUACGACCAGAACUACUACAACCAGACGAAAACCGGCUACAGUGCGAAAAACAUGCCGCCAAAGACUCUGAGUCUGAGCCAGUCCAACCGGAGGAGUAUCGGCUCGAACAUUUCCGCUCUGAUCCAGAACUUGGGGGGGAAUGCGGCUGGGUUGCUGUAUGGAGACGCCGCUGGGGAGGACGAGAUCCAGGGGCAGGGUUGCCACAGUGACGGCACGAUGGACUCUGGUUGGCAGAGCGAUUCUGAGAAGCCGGAAAGCAGGGGCGUGCCGGAAAACGGCAACAAUUGUGAUAGUUCGAGACCUGUAAAUGUGUAAAUAGUGUGAUAGUUUGCGGAACGCAAAGACUGAUCAACCUUCUCCGGUAAUUCACUGGGCACUUUCCCCAAUUUAUUUGCCGAAUAAAUUGGGCAAAUUGCUGAAGCUCAUCAGAAUUGGGGAAAAGUGGCAUCAGAAUACAAGACUAAGAGGGGGUUAAUUAUAUUUUUCCACGUUGAUUGCCGCACCAGGAGACUCUGUUUGGGUGCGGUUCGCUUGUUUAGCUGAUUAUCACUGCGCUGUACGUUGUAUCAUUUGUACGUAAUGUUAAUAAAGAAUUUUUAGUUG